CUAUGUCGGAUUUUUUAACUGCUCACCACGGUCAUACCGAUUUUAAGAAUAAAGCAAAAGCCACAGAAUUACCUGGCUGCAAUUAGUUAACCACUAGUUGUCUUUGUUGCACGUAAACACGGACUUUCCCCAGAAUUAAAAAAAUUAGCCAAAGUCGUGCAGUUGUAAUUUCUAAGAAUCUUUAAAAACCAGUUUCGAAGUGUUUGUGACUCAUCAGUUUUCGCAGGCUCAAGGAGAUAAUUUCGUCAUGGACGCCACAAACAAUGGAGAAUCGGGCGAUCAGGUUGGCAUAAGGGUGGAAAAUACCGAGAAUCCCAAUGAUCACACCGAUGCUCUAGGCUCCGUUGGAGGAUCAGGAAGCAGCGGACUGGCCACAGGAUCAUCACAUCUUUAUGGGACUGGAGCUAUUGGGCAGUUGGCCAAUGGUUACAGUUCUCCCUCAGCAAGCUACCGCAAAAAUGUGGCAAAAAUGGUCACCGAUCGACAUGCUGCCGAGUAUAACAUGCGACAUAAGAACCGUGGAAUGGCCCUGAUUUUUAACCAUGAGCACUUUGAGGUACCCACCUUGAAAUCCAGGGCAGGAACUAACGUAGAUUGUGAGAAUCUCACUCGAGUGCUCAAGCAGCUAGACUUCGAGGUCACGGUUUACAAGGACUGUCGUUACAAGGACAUUCUAAGGACAAUAGAGUAUGCAGCUUCGCAGAAUCACGGUGACAGUGAUUGUAUUCUGGUAGCCAUCUUAUCGCACGGAGAGAUGGGAUACAUUUAUGCCAAGGACACGCAGUACAAGCUGGAGAACAUCUGGAGCUUUUUCACCGCCAACCACUGCCCUUCUUUGGCCGGAAAACCCAAGCUCUUCUUCAUCCAGGCCUGCCAGGGAGAUCGAUUGGACGGUGGAGUGACCAUGCAGCGAAGCCAGACGGAAACCGAUGGCGACUCCUCAAUGAGUUACAAGAUUCCCGUGCAUGCCGACUUCCUGAUAGCCUACUCCACGGUUCCAGGAUUCUAUUCGUGGCGCAACACCACCCGCGGAAGCUGGUUCAUGCAGAGCCUGUGCGCCGAAUUGGCAGCUAAUGGAAAACGUUUAGACAUUUUGACCCUGCUCACCUUCGUCUGCCAACGGGUGGCCGUCGACUUUGAGUCCUGCACCCCGGACACACCGGAGAUGCACCAGCAAAAGCAGAUCCCCUGCAUAACCACCAUGUUAACGCGCAUUUUGCGUUUCAGCGAUAAGCAGUUGGCUCCAGCUGGACGGGUUUGAUGGCUAGUGGAGUGGUUUGUUCGCUGGCUGCGGCGAGGUGUGUGAUAAAGAAGGAAAGGGGUGGUACUCUUAAUCGAGUCGCAAUUAAGAUAAAACUACAUUGGCUAUCGGCCCUAGCUGCAUAUUUUUAUAAAACACUUUUAUACUCUGGCCAAAUGCUUGCUUCUACUGUCCAUUUAUUUCACUUAAGCGCAAUGUAUUUUUCAAUUGUCAUUUUUUCUUGUCGCGUUUACCCGUCUUUAUUUAUAUUAGGGUGUGUAGAUUUAUUAAUAAAAAAAACCUGAGAGGCAUAAAUUUGCAUUUAAACUAUGGCCAUAUCAAAAAAUUAAACCAUUAGUAUUUUAGGACAAAAAUGUUGUGAAAAUAUCGAUCUCGAAGUUCAAAAUUAAUAUUUGAAUCUUAUUAAGGACAAAAUUCUUUGCAUUUACCCAGCAAAUAAAUUUCGCCUCUUUAGUUCUUCUUCAGGAAUGUCGAACCACCCUUAUCUAUAAACAGACUACUCUCUUUUUUUAAAUGUUUAUACACAUAAAUAUCUUUAUAUAUUAAGCAUGUGUGUCAUGAUCGUCCAAAACAAAUCCAAACGAUUUUAGCUUGUAGUUGAGAAUUUUAUGAACAACAUGUACUAUCUCUUUAUACAAUUUGUACUCUUAUAUAAUACACAUUAGCAAAUGUUUUCCUUUCAAGUUUUCCGCUAAUAAAAACGAUCGAAAACAAUGGAAAA